UACAGUUUCAGUUCUCCCUUGGAUUCGACCAGCUUCGUACCCUUCGGUUGGGAGCCGAAAAUCUGCCUCCUAAACCAGGAGCGGGAAAUUCUGUUCUGUAGUACUGCAAAAGCUAUUUUCUCAUUAGUUCUGGACACUUGUCAACUUUGUGUCCUGCCAAUCAAAAAGGUAGUGAAACUUUAGGUGUUAAAUUUUUUAUGACGAAUCUCGGUGAUUACUUUUGCACCAUCUGUGCACUGUGCUUCGGUCCAUUCAGGGAUUAGACUGUACAUGACCCCGAUGUGAAACUCUGCUUUCAGAACGGGUUUUGAAUGAUGUGGAAAAUUCAAUCUCGAAACAGGAUCCCCUGAAGACAAAUGAAAUCAAUUCUCGCCCGUAUCCUUCAUCAACGUACGUAUUCCACCGAGUGAAAAUCCCUAGCAGUGUUAUUUGAGUUAACAUGAAACGUAAUCAGUAAAUGUGAAUGAAAUAAAAAUCGACCAGUUUACGAACAUGUGAAAGCAUAAAAUCAAACCAGACAUCGAUGUCACCUAUGGCCUAUAGUUGUUCUUGUUCAAUUUCAUAACACUAGCCUUCUAUCAACUUGUACAUCGCCGUCACCAUUCACGACAAACGCUACUGCUCAAAGGUGACUUUUGACGAAAUACAGCUCGAAAUGGAAUCCGUUGGGCACGUAACCGUUCCGCUUCGAGUUGGUGGUAAGAAGAUGCGGAAAAGACGCGAAUUGGAUGCCUUAGUGGCCCACUCUAUUGCUAAAAGUUCAGGAAAGCGUCACAUGGCCGGAAACGGAAUCGCCUCCCACGAUCAGCUACUUUCGAAUUCCACAGACGAACAGGAGGACUAUUCGUGGCAGCCGAAAGUCCGAACCCAGUCACGCUGCCGGAGAAAACGUUUUUCCUGUGUGCGCACAUGCGGUCCCCUCAUUCUAGUGUCCUGCAUUUUCCUCUCGCUCGGUUUUAUGUACUGGCUUUACUUCGACAUCAGGCAGCAGGUCUCCGAGUACCGGAUUCGCAUCGAACAAGUGUCAGCCACUAGUCACAAUGUGCCGGAAGCCUUACAAAAAUGGCACGAAUCGUCUAAAAUUCUCGAACAAAACCAAACCGCGCUGAAUGGACGGCUGCACGAGAUUCAACAAGUUUUAAGUAAUUUUUCCACGGAGCUUAAACAACUUCGAGAUACGAUAGAGAAGAAGAAUGAAAAUUCCCAAGAAGCGCAGUUGAACAGUUUAAUGACAAACGUGGCCAAUCUUGGUUCCCAGAUCAAAGACGCCCUUGCCCGAAUAUCGUCCCUAGAGGAUCGAUCUACGGCGGCGCAGACAGAGCAGAAGACGCUGGAGAAAAACGUGGAUGAUUUGAAGAUUGUCUUCUCUCAAAUCCGCAACAGUUCGUCGCCGUCAGCGAUGGCCAGCGAGAGUGCGAACAAUGUUACCGAGCAGAAUAUUGCCAACAUCCGAGAGCAGCUGUCCGCCCAGAUUACCAACCUUGCGCAGAACUUAUCGGUCGAGUUGGAGGGACUGAAACAGAAAAAUAGUUGGCUUGAUAACGAUUUGAAGCAAAACAAAAAAAGUAUCGACGAACUUCUCGAAAACUCCGCCAACGUAUCAUCGCACGUUAAGUCGGUCGAGAACAUCUGGGUCGAGAUGAAAACAAAUCUGACCAACCUGGAAGGAUCUGGUAAGAAGAUGAGCGAACAGCUCGAGCUGCUGCAGAAUGAGACGGGUGCACUGAAGAGUUCCUUGGGGACUGUUCGCGAAGAAUGUGAUCGAUAUCAUGCUCAGAACGAUGAGAUAAACGGCGAAAUUAACACGAUCAAAGACCGACUGGAGAAAGUGGUGAACCCGGAAGUUCCGGCGACCGUUGCGACUAAAAAUGUUACUGAGACCGGAUCGGAAACGAUUCCGAGAAAACUCUCACAGUUGUUUAGCAACUCCCCAACAGAGUCAUCGAUCUCCAAAGAUAAUCUAGCAGCUAAGGACAGUGGUUUAGAGCAACCACCAGUCCCAACUGAACAACAUAAAAACCAAGAAAAGGGAGCAGUACCUGCCACGGCACCGACAGCGGCUCAACAAACGUCCGCUAAUCCGUCUGUGACCAGAAACACUAGCAUACCAGGAGCAACCCGUGCCAGUCUGAGUAAGCUACUAACGGCCAACGGAAUGUAAAAGAGUCCAAGAAAACCGACACGACGGGUUUGUCUUUUCUAUGCUGUAUACCUUUGCCAAUUUUAAUAUUUUCCACAGAGAAGAACGAUAAUGUAUUUACGCUAAGAGCGAGUUGUUUGUACUUAUAGCGAAAAUGAGUCAAAUUCAGUGCGGGUUCGAGCCUGUCUAUUAAGUUUUAGUGAGAAUCAAAGUUGUGUUUUAAUGUAAAACAAGUUCGCACUACUAGCACAGAGGACAAGUGAAAUGCAACUUAUGAUAAAUCGAAACACACAACUCACAGUUUCUAGAUUCUAGGGAAAUGCCACGACAACAAAAUAAAAAUCAAAGAUACGAUAGACACAUUACCUAAUUAUAUUAAAAAAAAACAACAGUUUUCGAUCCCAGUAAUAGUAAUUUAGUAACAAACAGAAGAAGAAAAAAAACUGAAUCUAAGCAACAUCGAAAUUCUAUUCAAUCAAUUCUUUGAAUGUGACAGCGCAAAUUUAAACCAGGUGAUGUCGCUUUGCGGGAGAUAUAUGAAAACUACUAGAAAAAGAAUGCCGAAGCAGUACUGUUACCAUUUGAAUCUGUAAACGCAUGCAAAAUGUGAUAAUAGGUGUUGAUUUCGAAGACGAUAUUAAUUUCACUCAAACAAACAAAGCAAGCAAAAUUUCUGUUAAAAUACUAUAGCGUCAUUUGAUGAUUUCAUGUUGGUUGCGCGGACACAACUGUCAAUAUCCAAAGAAUGCUUUUCAGCCUAUCUAAAAUAACCAACAUCCAAAGUGACGAGCCAUGUUAGCGUUAGCUUGAACAAACGGCGCCGUCACCUGAAACAGUUCAAUAGGAACGGAAAACAAGGCAUUUUUGUACUUAUUUGUCGAAAAACAAAACUCCUAGCGAUACAACGUUCUGUAGAAGUACGAUACAAUUUUGCAUUCUGUAGAUACCUUUAUACUCCCAGUGAUGAAUGAUUGGAAACAUUCUAACAGAAGUGCUAAAGUAAAUGAACAAAGAAACCAAUAAAUGAAAUUAUAAAUUCAAAA